AGAACCUGUGUUCAUUAAGGUUCAUGUUACAGAAUGUGGCAGGGCUGCAUUCCAUUUUAUAUAAGAGAAGGAAAUGAAAAAUAAUGCUCACAAACAGUUGGAAAGCAGAUAAAUGCUAACCUACCUGGAGCUAAAAUGUUUUUAUUUCCUUAAGUAAGCAGAAAUCUGUAUAGUAAGGUUGAAGAAUGGUUGAAGAAUAAUAAUUUAGACUAGUCAAACACUAAAAUGAGUGGGGACAGAGGCCCUGCAAUUGAACUGGAUGUUUUAAGCAUAAACAAGCCCAAUGAAUCUGCUUCACCGGGACAGAGUUAUGUGUCUUUAGGGAAUGAGUCCAUGUGUCCUCAGUUAACCCUGAAAGAGAAAACCUCUCAACACAGUUUGAACAAGCCAGAUAAAUCUGCUUUACCAGGAUUAAAUGAUGUGUCUUUGGGGACUGAGCCGAUGCCUCCUCUGUUAACAUUGAGGGACAGAAAUGCUCAACACAGGUUGAUUAAUCGUGAGGACUCUGACUUCUCUCUGCCCAGCGGUUUGUCAGUGAAAAGUGAGCAGUCAAUGGAUCAACCUAUCAGAAUCAGAGAAGGACCAGUCACUACAGAACUGAACUCUUCACCAGGACCAAGUCAUGUGUCUCUGGGGACUAUGUCUAUAACCUCACCAUCAUCUUUUAUGCCUGAACACAAGUUGGUUGAGCGGGAGCAGUCAAUGGAUUAUCCUCAUAAAUUCAGCAGAGAAUCUGUCCUUAUAGAACUGAAUUUGAACAAGCCAGAUAAAUCUGCUUUACCAGGAUUAAAUGAUGUGUCUUUGGGGACUGAGCCGAUGCCUCCUCAGUUAACAUUGAGGGACAGAAAUGCUCAACACAGGUUGAUUAAUCGUGAGGACUCUGACUUCUCUCUGCCCAGCGGUUUGUCAGUGAAAAGUGAGCAGUCAAUGGAUCAACCUAUCAGAAUCAGAGAAGGACCAGUCACUACAGAACUGAACUUGAACAGGCCAAAUAAACCUUCUUCACCAGGACCAAGUCAUGUGUCUCUGGGGACUAUGUCUAUAACCUCACCAUCAUCUUUUAUGCCUGAACACAAGUUGGUUGAGCGGGAGCAGUCAAUGGAUUAUCCCCAUAAAUUCAGCAGAGAAUCUGUCCUUAUAGAACUGAAAAUUCAGCAGAUGGAAUCAAGAUCAAAUGUUCUAAAUGAGGAUCUGAUUGGGACAUAUCAGUAUAAGAGGAUGUUAAGGAACAGGUGCCAGUGUAUAUUUGAGGGGAAUGAAGAGCACAGCGGCCCCUCUCUGCUUAACAAUAUCUAUACAGAGCUCUACAUCACUGAUGGUCAAAGCAGUGAGCACACCAAUGAACAUGAAAUCAGACAGAUCGAGACAGCAUCAAAACAUCCAGCCACAUGGGAUGAACCUAUCAAGGCUAAUAAUAUCUUUAAAACUUCUUCAGGAUCUACUAAACAAAUCCAAACUGUGCUAACCAAAGGAAUCGCUGGCAUUGGGAAAACAGUGUCUGUGCAAAAGUUCACACUGGACUGGGUUGAGGACAGAGCCAACCAGGACGUCCACAUGAUAUUUCCACUACCUUUUCGAGAAAUGAAUGUAAUUAAAGAAAAGAAAGUUAGUCUGAUAAACAUUCUCGAGUGCUUCUUCAAUCUCAAGAUAGAUCCAGAAGUGUUACACUCAGACAAAUACAAGAUAGUCUUUAUCUUUGAUGGACUUGAUGAAUGUCGGUUUCCCCUGGAUUUCCAAAACAACAGGAGUUGCUCUAGUGUGACUGAAUCAGUCUCAGUCGGUGUCCUACUGACAAACCUCAUCUGCAAGAACUUACUUCCUUCUGCUUUUGUCUGGAUAACCUCACGGCCAGCUGCAGCAGGUCAAAUACCACCUGACGUCUUGGACCGUGUGACAGAAGUGCGAGGUUUCAAUGACUCCUACAAGGAAGAAUACUUCAAGAAAAAAAUAAGUGAUCCAGACUUGUCCUCCAGGAUAAUCUUCCACUUGAAGUCCUCAAAGGUCCUUCACAUCAUGUGCCACAUCCCAGUGUUCUGUUGGAUAUCAGCUUCAGUUCUCGAAAGAAUGUUUCUUGAUUCUGAGGGGGGUGAGAUUCCCAAGACCCUCACGCAAAUGUAUUCACAUUUCUUGAUGUUCCAGAUCAAGCAAGGGAGUCACAAAUACAAUGAGAAUUCCAAAGCCGGUUUAAAGUGGGAUAACCAGACCACAUUGUUGCUUGGAAAGCUUGCAUUUCAGCACCUUGAAAAGGGUAAUUUGUUGUUCUAUGAAGAAGAUUUGAGGGAAUGUGGCAUUGACCUUCACAUUGCAUCAGUGUAUUCAGGAGUUUGUACCCAAAUCUUCAGAGAAGUAGCGGGGCUACUUCAGGAAAGGGUCUUCAGCUUCAUACACUCAAGUAUACAGGAGUUUCUAGCUGCAUUGUAUGCGUUUCUUGUGUUUGUCAACCAUAAACGGAAUGUCCUCAGUCAGACGACAAAUGCUAAAAUCAUUAAUACUUUCAAAAAAAUGUCAGUGCAGGAAUUUUUAAAGUGUGCUGUAGAUAAUGCUUUAGCAAGUGAAAAUGGACAUUUGGACCUUUUCCUUCGCUUCUUGUUGGGACUGUCCCUUGAGUCCAACCAGACUCUUUUUAAGGGACUCCUGAAUGAGGUGAGUGAUACUGAUAGCAGCAUAAAAAUGAUUCAAUACGUCAAGGAAAAAAUAAGGGACCACCCUUCAGCAGAGCAGGCAAUAAGUCUUUUCCAUUGCCUAAGUGAAAUGAAAGAUGAUUCUUUGGUUGAGGAAAUGCAGGACUUCAUUAAUUCACAUGGUUUUAUUGGUGGAAAGCUAUCUCCUUCAAGCUUUUCUGCUUUGGCCUACAUAUUGCUCACAUCUGCAGAAGAACUGGAUGUGUUUGACUUGUCAAAGUUUGUUCAUCCGAGCAUGUCUUCAAAUGAGGGACUGUUAAGAUUGCUGCCAGUUAUCAAAGCAUCCCGAUCAGUUAUAUUGAUGUCCUGUAAUGUGACAGAUAAAGGCUGUUUAGGCCUGUCCUCUGUACUUAGUUCAAGUCUCUCAUAUCUGAGAGAACUGGAUCUGACUUCCAACAAUCUUCAAGAUUCAGGAAUAAAACAACUUGCUGCCGGACUGGGGAAUCCUCAGUGUAAACUAGAAAUUUUGAGACUUUUCAAUUGCAGCAUCAGUGAAAAUGGCUGUGCUUCUUUGGCUUCGGCUUUGAAGUCAAACCCAGCUCACUUAAUUGAACUUGAUUUGACGCACAACAACCCUCAUGAUACAGGUGUGAAAAUGCUUUCUGAUGUGCUAACAGAUAGAAGCUGUAAACUGGAAACACUAAGGUUGAUGGCCUGUGAACUUACUAGGAAAAGUUGUGCGGCACUGGCCCAAGCACUUCAGUCCACCUCUACUAGCCUGAAACAUUUAGAUUUAAGUUUAAAUGACCUUCAGGAUUCAGGAGUGGAACUGCUCUGUGUUGGUCUAAAGAGUCCUUCCUGCAGGCUUGAGACAUUAAGUCUAUCAGACUGUAAAAUUACAGCCUAUGGAUGUUCUGCAUUGUCACCUGCUUUAAAGUCAAACCCAUCACACAUGAGAGAGUUGGACCUCAGCAUUAACAACCUCUCAGACUCAGGAUUAAAGCAUCUGCUCCCUGUGUUUGAAGACACACGUUUGCAUCUUGAGAGAUUAUGGCUGAAUAACUGCAAUCUCACACAUGAAAGCUGUCGGAUGAUGGGUUAUGUAAAUAAACCAGAACACUCAGGUCUGAGAGAGCUGAACAUCAGUGCUAAUGCAAUACUGGACUCAGGCUUGAAGCAGCUUUCAGUGGCACUUUGCCAACUUCUGUCAGGACUGCAGUCAUUGAGUGUAACAUACUGUGGGAUUACAGCAGAUGGGUGUGCUGUUCUGGCAUCAGCUCUCAGCUCUAACCAGUCACAGUUAAAAACACUGGAUCUCAGAGGAAAUAAUCUGACGGAUUCAGGAGUGAAGUCACUCUCAGAUCUACUGGAGGAUCCACAAAGUAAAUUAGAAGAACUUGAAUUCAUGGAUGGAAUAAUAUCCAAAAAUCAGGCAGCUAUUGAUGAUUCCCACAAACAGAAAGCUCUACCUGAACAUUCAACAAAAUCAAAAGAACAAACAACAAAAGACAUGUGCGUAUGCUUUUAAAAAAAACGUGACUGUUAUUACUACAUUUAGUGUGAGUCGGACAAUUUUGCUCACUGCUGUGUUACACCAGUCCAGAAAAAGCAGACCUAAAAUAAAGUUUUAUAUUAGAUCACUAGUUAAAGUGUGACAUCUGCAGUGACUGUGUGGGGACAUGUUCAGUUCACCUCAUUUCAUCGUGGCCAUGACAUAUUAACUAAAAUGUUUAAUAAAAUGUUGUGGCCACAAGAUCCUAUUGAGGGAACAGCAUCCAUUUCUCGUGGGCACGAGUUUAAUAAAUGUAAACAUCUUAAAACAAUAUUUUAUUUUGAAUGAAGAAAUUAUUAUAUUAAUUAUUAUAGAAAUUAUCAGCCAUAGGCCAAGGUGCCCAGACUGUAUUGCGCGCGAUGUAGACAGCAUUCAAAUGAAGUCUAUCAUGAAUAAAUGUAACAUAAAGCACAUCAAAUAAAAUAGACCUACAUAAACAUUUUAUCCAUUAGCUUAAGUCCUUUAACUGAUUGUCUUUUUCUGUAAUAUUUGUAUAUAUUUUUUUAUAUUCGCUUUUAUGUAUUUGAUUUAUUUCCCCUUUAUUUCAAUCUUUUUACUUAAUGUUCUGAACAGCUUUGUAAAUAAUAGCCUACUGUGAAAGCCUGACAUGCCAGUAAAGCUUUGAUUAUGCUGCUUGACUGAAAUUUUUACUGGAAGUGCAGUUUAAAGGUUAAAUUUAACAUAUAUUUAAUUUUAUUUAUAGGCUAUAACAAAAAAUACUAUAGUGUUUCAUUGAAAAAUAUAUUAUUUGUGUAUCAUUUGUAAAUGAAAACACAACACGCUCAUUUAUCGGCACACACGGGUGUAAAUACAAUUGUCAGGCGUUUACAGUAUUUGCAAAAUAACUGGUAGCAUAUUAAUAACAGAUCAUUAUUUGGUAAAGCGAUAUGCAAGCUAUAACAAUAUAGCCCUAACCAGUUAAUUUAAUAUUAUUAUAUCAUAAUGUAUUAAUAUUAAUAAUAAUAAUAUGGGAAUAUGAAAUAAAAAUAUACAAUCAAUUAACAAAUUUACAAGAUUGUGGGAUUUAUAAAAAUGUUUCUCCAUCUCUGCUAAAUGCAGUUUGCUCUGCUCACACAGUUUUGUUCACGCAUUAAACUCGUGGCCACGAGAAAUGUUGUUCUCUCAACACAGGAUCUAAGGUGUUGUUACCUCGACAAUGAUCUUGUGGCCAUGACAUAUUAUCACAUUCCCAUGAGUUAAUAUGUUGUGGGUGAGUAAACCGAACAUGUCCCUCCUGGUCACCGUAGACAUCAGGUCUCAGUGCUGCUUAUCAUCUGAAUUAUUCAAACUGACAAGGAAAGGUCAUCAUGGAAACUACUUCUUGGAAAAUGGCCUGGAACAGCUGUACAGAUUACGCAGCAUGUGCGUGACAUGGCCUUAUGGGUACAGAAUGAAUCAUGCAUAGCUUCAUUCUUUAGCACGAACGGAAUGACAGAAACAUUUCGGAGUAGAGGUACAAGGGAAACUCUGAGGAAUAGCAGGUUUGUCAGUCAGCCACAGAUACAGGUGUUUGAAGAUGUGUUAUGUAAAUAUAGAUCCAACGAAUGGCUCAUUGGUAAAAGCAUUGCGUUAGCAGUGCAAAAGGUCAGGGGUUCAAUUCCUAGCGAACACACAUACUG